AGCCGGGCACAGCCCGCACCCCGCGCGCAGCUCACGGACGGCUGUGCUGCUGCUGCCGCCGGACAGAAGCGAAGGGAGCAAACCCUCACGGUGCGACCCGAGGUACGGCGCCGGCGGUGACCCGCAGGCAUCGCCCUGCUCCGUUCGGCUUCUUCGGGUCUGCUCCGUUCCCGUUCUGCUCUCCCUUUUCCUUCGCCCCGCGCGGCCCCGCUCCGGCAGCUGGGAGGGGGGAGGUGGUGCGUGGCGCUGUCACGUGACCGGAAGGCGGAAGCGGCCGCGCUGAGACUCCUGACUGAGGGCUGAGCGGCCAUGGGGAGGAUGGCGGAGGUCGUGGGCCGGGCGAGAGCCGCCUUCAGCUCGGGCCGGAGCCGGCCGCUGGAGUUCAGGCUGCAGCAGCUGAGGAACCUGCAGCGGAUGGUGCAGGAGAAGGAGCAGGAGAUCCUGGCGGCCAUCGGGGCGGAUCUGCACAAGUGCGGUCACAACGCGUACAGCCAUGAGAUCAUGGGGGUGCUGGGGGAGCUGGCCCUGGCCAUGGAGAAGCUGCCAUCCUGGGCGGCCCCUCGGCCCGUGAAGAAGAACCUCCUGACGCUGCGGGACGAGGCGUACAUCAACCCCGAGCCGCUGGGGGUGGUGCUGGUGAUCGGGGCCUGGAAUUACCCCUUCGUGCUGGUCAUGCAGCCGCUGAUCGGGGCCAUCGCCGCAGGCAAUGCGGUGGUGGUGAAGCCGUCGGAGGUCAGCGAGCACACAUCCCAGAUGAUUGCCAACAUCCUCCCUCAGUACCUGGACCCGGAGCUGUACCCAGUGGUCACCGGGGGAGUGCCUGAGACCACAGAACUGCUGGAACAGAGGUUUGAUCACAUCCUUUACACCGGGAACUCCGCUGUGGGCAAAAUUGUGAUGGCAGCGGCUGCCAAGCACCUGACACCCGUCACGCUGGAGCUGGGUGGGAAGAGCCCCUGCUACAUCGACACGGACUGUGACCUGGCUGUCGCCUGCAGGCGGAUAGCAUGGGGGAAGUACAUGAACUGUGGGCAAACCUGCAUUGCCCCAGACUAUGUCCUGUGCCACCCGUCCAUCCAGAGCCAGGUGGUGGAGAACAUCAAGGCGACGCUGCAGGAGUUCUAUGGGGAGGAUGUGAAGAAGUGUCCAGAUUAUGAAAGGAUCAUCAACAAGCGUCACUUCAAGAGGAUCAUGAACCUGCUGGAAGGGCAGAAGAUCGCCCAUGGGGGAGAGACUGACGAGGCCUCCUGCUUCAUAGCACCCACCAUCCUCACGGACGUUUCUGCGGAGUCAAAGGUGAUGGAAGAGGAGAUCUUUGGGCCAGUCCUGCCCAUUGUGUCUGUGAAGAACGUGGACGAAGCCAUCGAGUUCAUCAACCGUCGGGAGAAGCCUCUUGCCCUCUAUGUCUUCUCCAACAACAAGAAGUUAAUCAAGAGAGUCAUCUCAGAAACCUCCAGUGGGGGCGUUACUGGAAAUGAUGUCAUCAUGCAUUUCUUCCUCGCAUCCUUACCCUUUGGUGGUGUCGGGAACAGUGGGAUGGGCGCCUACCACGGCAAGCACAGCUUUGACACCUUCUCCCACCACCGCUCCUGUUUGAUCAAGGACCUGAAGAUGGAGGGCACGAACAUGGUCCGGUACCCUCCCAGCAGCCAGAAGAAGUUGGAUUGGGCCAAAUUCUUUAUUCUGAAGCGACUUAACGUGGGCCGUGUGGGACUGAUCACAUUGGCCCUGGCCCUGUUGGGUGUUGUAGCAGCAGUGGUGAUAAAGAUGGCUUUCUACUGAAGAGAGGAGAAGGUGCCAUAACCUGCGUGCAAGUCACAUUUUGGGUGCUCACUUCGUGUCUGUUUCUUUCACUUCAGUCCUACUUUUCUUUUGAGCUGGGUUAUUUCUGUGAGCUGCUGAGCACACAGAGCAGCCUUGGGAAGGCACUAAUCACAGGGAGGCCUGGACUCCUGCUUACUAACAAGCCACACUGAAACAGAGGGACCAGUGGAUACAAGCUGUUAAAAGGAGAACUGAAGAGCAAGAAAUACAGCACCUGACACCACCCUAUGCCCUGCAGAGCACUGCUUCCAGGAGCACACACCCCUGUCUUACACCAUACUACCUGGCUUCAUCCACUGACAAACAGGAGCUCAUGUUUCAGCUGUUAUUGGUCUGAUGGUGUUUUCCCUGCAGUUCUGGGGAUGGUCUCUUCUGUUGUGUUCCAGCCAGCCUUGCUCUUGGUGACAGGUGUGAGACAGGCUGUGCUGCUGGUGUGCUGGUGGCUCAUGCUUUGUUCUGAUAGCGUUGGUUAUCAAUAAGUCAGGUGAGGUUCCCGCUUGCCAUUUAUUUGGGGUGAAAUAUUCCUGGAUCCCUGUGAGCCAGAAUCAUCCACAGCUGUCGGGUGGUGCAGGCUGACUCCUUUGGGGGGCUGUGGGGCACAUCGUAGCAAUUAUUUGAUAAUUACAAGACUACAGAGAAGAUAAGUGCCAUGUCUGUGUUUUACUAAUGACAAAGGACCCCUGAACAGGGGAAAGCAAUUACUGAGAGUGUGUACCCAAUGUGUUUGGGCUUCUGGCUCUGCUAUGGUCUUGCACUGGGUUAUGACAUGGGACCUGUUCUAACCUGGGGAGAUGGCGGUGGAGAAAUUGGAGGUGGAAGGACCCUGCAGAUGUUCUUUAAAGAAAAUCUGGAAGUGAUGACUGAAUGCGUUUCUUAACAAAUUGUAAUCACUACGCAGUAGGUGGGAUUUCUUUGCAUCUGAUGCAAAUCCACAUGCUAAGGCUUUGUAAUGAAUUAUUUUGCAAAUACAAAAUAAAUACUAAGAAUUUAAAUAAUAA